UGUGUCUGGAGUGCAGGAAUCUGUCGGUAACGGUUGUGUUCAGCGGCGGUUUUCUGCUUCACAAAAUGGACACGUUGAACAAACUGAAGCAGUUUGACGCUUAUCCCAAAACUCUGGAGGAUUUCCGAGUGAAGACCUGGGGAGGAGCGACCGUGACCAUCAUCAGUGGCAUCAUCAUGUUGAUCCUGUUCGUCUCGGAGCUGCAGUACUACCUCACUAAAGAGGUUCAUCCUGAGCUCUACGUCGACACGUCACGAGGAGACAAACUCAAAAUCAACAUCGACGUCAUUUUCCCUCACAUGCCCUGCGCCUACCUCAGUAUAGAUGCAAUGGACGUGGCCGGAGAGCAGCAGCUGGACGUUGAACACAACCUGUUCAAACAGCGUCUGGAUAAAGACCUGAAGCCCGUCACCCUCGAGGCAGAGAAACACGAACUUGGUAAAGCUGACGAUGGUGAAGUGUUUGACCCCACCACACUGGACCCAAACAGAUGUGAGAGCUGCUACGGAGCUGAGACUGAGGACCUGAAGUGCUGUAACACCUGUGAUGACGUGCGGGAGGCGUACCGGCGGCGAGGCUGGGCGUUUAAAAGCGCCGACACCAUCGAGCAGUGUAAGAGAGAGGGCUUCACUCAGAAGAUGCAGGAGCAGAAGAACGAGGGCUGCCAGGUGUACGGCUUCCUGGAGGUCAACAAGGUGGCAGGAAACUUCCACUUUGCUCCAGGGAAAAGUUUCCAGCAGUCUCAUGUCCACGUUCACGACCUGCAGAGCUUCGGCCUUGACAAUAUAAACAUGACUCACCUGAUCAAACACCUGUCGUUUGGUAAAGAUUACCCCGGCAUCGUCAACCCUCUGGACGGGACGGACGUCACGGCGCCACAAGCGUCCAUGAUGUAUCAGUACUUUGUGAAAAUCGUUCCUACGAUCUACGUGAAAACGGACGGAGAGGUGGUGAAAACAAACCAGUUCUCUGUCACCAGACAUGAGAAAGUGGCCAACGGGCUGAUCGGAGACCAGGGUCUGCCGGGAGUCUUUGUUCUGUACGAGCUGUCGCCCAUGAUGGUGAAGUUCACAGAGAAACACAGAUCAUUCACUCACUUCCUGACAGGAGUCUGUGCCAUCAUUGGAGGAGUGUUUACAGUGGCCGGUCUCAUCGACUCUCUCAUCUACCACUCUGCUCGAGUGAUCCAGAAGAAGAUAGAGCUGGGUAAAGCGUCCUAACAGCGUCCCCCACUGUCCUCCACGGUGCAACACAGACCAAGACACGACAGAGACAGCGAGAAGAAGAAGAAGAAGAAGAAGAGGAGGAGGAGGAGGAGGAGGAGGAGGGGCAGACAUCUCUCUCCUUUCCCAGUUUCCUCUCUUUCUCUUCCUCUGGAGAAACAUGGAGACGAUCCUGAUCCUCUGAAGAGACAGAGAUACAGUCAGAGACAGACGUCCACUCAGAGACGCACCCGCUUCUUCAUGGGAACUUCCUGUCCUCCAUCUUGUUUACGUCCUGGUCACUACACUCUGACGGUCUGUUAGACCUGAACCCAGAGUCAGGACCAGAGACCAGCAGAACCUGUACAGGAGCACGGCACCAAGACCUCCAGGUCCAGGUUUCC